AUGAGGGGUAAAGCGGCGCGGCGAAAUAAUGGUAGAGUUGUAGAACGAGGUACACCUUCGGUGGAGAGUGAUUUUGUUAGUUCGAUAAAAGCUGUUACAGAAUUCCCUCGCUCGUCGUUUGAGUUCUAUGUCUGGUCAGAUCAGGGAGUUAGUCUUGAAGUUGAUUUUACUUCAUCCCCGUCUGAUUGGACUAACAAGUUUAAAAAUGAGGUUCGUGUAAGUGACAAUGUGAAUGGAAACAAAUCUCGGAGUCUUCGGCAAGAUCUCAGUGGUUUAAGAGAUAAAUCUUCGUUGUCUGGGUUGAAAUUGACCGAAGACGGUGUUGCGGCAUUAGGUCAAGAAAAUAAUGGUGAAAGAAUGACUGUAAAAGCGGCAAAGGAUUUACUGGAAAAUUGUUCAAAGCCUUUAAUGUCUUAUCCUGGUAGGCUGGAGGUUCAACACUCAAAGCCUGACAACGGAGGUUCUGGGAAUUGCGGUCUUCCAAAGGGUUCUUGUAUUGUUAACCCUGGUGGGGUGUGUGCUGGAGCUUCAUUAAAUAUUUCUGUGGAAUUACAUAGUUUGGAAGUUGCAAGUUGUCAUAAAUAUGCAUCAGUUUCACCUGGUGACGGUGAUGGAUCCCCGGAUUUAAGUGAUCCGAAGAACACUCCUGAAAUGAAACACUUUCGGAAGGCGGCUAAGAGUGUUGAUGGAAGGAGGCGUUCAGGAUGCUCCCAAUUUGAUGACCCACUUAAGAAGUCUCGCCUAGAUUAUGAUGAUCAGGUUUCCAAAACGGAACUUCACAAAAAGAGGAAAGACAGAUACCCCGAGAUUCAAGGUUCAAGUGGUAAACCUGCUGCAAGAAUUUUAAGAAGCAUUGCGAAAACUGGUGUUAUGGUCCUCCCUAGAAGAUCCCCAAGGCUAAAGUGA